AUGUCAUCAGUUCUGGGAUGCUGGGCGUCAUCAGGUUACAGUGUGCAAGGCUGCGCACUGCUAGAGCAGAAACUGCGCCAAUGCAUGGAUGCGCCUCGAAACCCGAACCAGAAGAAAAACAACAUCAACUUCCAUCUCUCGCGAAUGUACCCCAAGAUUGUGGGUCCACACAAGCGGAAUUAA